GAGGCCAAAAGAGGGCUUUGUGCCCGGCCCGAUGAGGACGCUACUGACCAUCCUGGCUGCGGGAUCCCUGGUCGCUCACAUUGCUGAGGACACCUCGGAUCUUCUUCAGCACGUGAAAUUCCAGUCCAGCAACUUCGAAAACAUCCUGACUUGGGACAGCGGACCGGAGAGCACCCCAGAUACAGUCUACAGUGUCGAGUAUAAGACGUACGGAGAGGUCGAGUGGCUGGUGAAGACGGGCUGCCAGCGGAUCACCCGGAAAUCUUGCAACCUGACCAUGGAGACCAGCAACCUCACAGAACAAUACUAUGCUAGGGUCACCGCCAUCAGCACGGGAGGUCGGUCAGCCACCAAGAUGACCGACCGGUUCAGCUCACUGCAACACACUACUAUCAAACCACCUGAUGUGACCUGUAUCCCCAAAGUGAGAUCCAUCCAGAUGAUUGUCCAUCCCACCUCCACGCCCUUCUACACAGGGGAUGGCCACCAGCAGACCCUGGAGGAUAUCUUCCAAGAUCUAUUCUACCGCUUGGACCUCUACGUCAACCAUACCUACCAAAUGCACCUUGGAGGAAAGCAGAGAGAAUACGAGUUUAUUGGCCUGACCCCUGACACCGAGUUCCUUGGAACCAUCAUAAUUUUUGUUCCCACCUGGUCCAAAGAGAGUGCCCCCUACAUGUGCCGAGUGAGGACAUUGCCAGACCGGACGUGGACCUACUCCUUCUCGGGCGCCUUCCUGUUCUCCAUGGGCUUCCUAGUAGCAGGGCUCUGCUACCUGUGCUACAGAUAUGUCACCAAGCCGCCUCCGCCUCCCAACUCCCUGAACAUCCAGCAUGUACUGACCUUCCAGCCUCUGCAGUUCAUCCAGGAGCACAUCCUGAUCCCCGCCUUAGACCUCAGCAGCCCCAGCAGCCUGGCACAGCCUGUCCAGUACUCCCAGGUCAUGGUCUCUGGGCCCAGGGAGCCCCGAGGAGCCCCAUCGCGACACAGCCUGUCUGAGAUCACCUACAUCGGGCAGCCAGACAUCUCCAUCCUCCAGCUCCCUGGAAUGCCGUCUCACCAGACACUCUCUCCGAUAUCCUAUGCUCCUCAGGCUACCCCUGAGGUCACGCCCCCAUCCUACACACCUCAAGUCACCCCCGAAGCUAAACCCCCAUCCUACACUCCACAGGCCUCCUGCAAGGUCCAGCCUCCUUCCUACAACCCUCAAGCCUCGCUGGACAGCUGGCCUCUUUCCUAUGGGAUAUGCAUGGAAGGCUCUGGCAAAGACUCCCCACCUGUGACACGCUCUAGUCCCAAACACCACAGGCUUAAAGGUCAGCUCCAGGAAGAAGCACCAGCUGGAAGCUGCAUCGCAUGUGACCUUUCUCUUCAGGGAGUGGCCUCCUUGGCUAUGGAGGAGCUCCAAGAAGCAAAAUAUUUCCACCAGCAUCUGGUGGUUGAAACAGAGAGAGGACCUGACACUAAUGUACCACCCAGAGGGGAGCCAGGAACACCAAGGUACCUAAAAGGCCAGUUGCCUCUCCUCUCCUCUGUCCAGAUUGAGGGCCAACCAGUGUCCCUCCCUCUACACACUCCUCCCCUCCCAUGUUCCCCUACAGACCAGAUUUCAAGUCCCUGGGGUCUGCUGGAGUCUCUCGUGUGUCCCAAGGACGAGGGUCCAGUGUCUGAGACUGAGGUCGAGAGCCCGUCCCCUCGAGCCUCAGACCAGGAGCAGCCCACAGAACUGGACUCUCUCUUCAGAGGCCUGGCCCUGACUGUGCAGUGGGAGUCGUGA